AUGAAGUCUGUCGCCGUCCUCGCCCUCCUUGGUGCCGUUUACGCCCAGGACAUCAACUCCGUCCCCCAGUGUGGCCAAACCUGCAUUCAGAACAUGCUCCAGGAGCAGGCCAACCUGGGCUGCCCCCCUGUCAAUGGCCAGCCUGACCCCUCCUGCCUUUGCAAGAACGCCGACUUCAGCUUCGGUCUGCGCGACUGCGCUCAGCAGGCUUGUGGCUCCGACGUCGCCAACGCUGUCGUUUCGUACGGUGUGAGCUAUUGCCAAUCCGCUGGUGUCAACAUUCCUACCACUGUCAUCUCUGGUACCCCUUCUGCCACUGGCUCUGCCACUGGCUCAGCUUCUGGCUCUGCCACUGAGAGCGGCUCCGCCACCGAGUCUUCGAGCGCCAUCACCACUUCGUCUUUCGCCACCACCAUCACCACCGGCGACUCGACCAUCACCACCUCUGCCGCUACCACUAUCUUCGGAGUCGGUGGCGCAGGUGCUUCCGCCUCCAGUGCCGCUUCAGAGGCUUCUGAGUCUGCCUCCAGCGUUGGCGAGUCUGCCUCCAGUGCCGCCUCGAGCGUGGCCAGCUCUGCGUCUGGUGCUGCCAGCUCCGCUACUGACGCCGCGGGCUCUGCCGCUUCUAGCGCUGCGGGCGAGGCAACCAGCUCUUCUGCUGCAGGCUUUGCGCCUCAGAUGACUGCUGCCCCGGCUGCCGGCUUCUUGGCUGCUGCCGGUGUCGCCGCCAUGCUUCUCUAA